GAGAACUGCAGCAGCAUGAUGGGGAUAUUCUGCCUGCGUGGGCUCUGUUGCUGAGGCGUCCAGAGUUGAGCCACAGUGUGCCUGCGUGUGUGUGAGUGUAUGUGUAUGCGUGAGUGAGUGAGUGAGUGAGUGAGUGCUGACGCGGGAGGCGAGGAGGAAAAGAGAGGGGUAGUGUUGACUGACUGGGGCUGAGAGGAACCUCACGCCACUGGAUCAGAGGACGUCGAUGUGCAACAACUACUCGAACUACUACCGCUGCUGCUCUGUGUGCCGCUGCCUGCCUGUCCUCUUAACUUCUGCCAUGGCAUAGCCUCCUCUUCCAGCUCGCCUCUAAUCCACUAAGGAAACGGGCAUGCAUGGGCACAACCAAGGAUCUCAGCUAUCGCAUCCUUUACAUCAGUAAUUCACAGUCUGAGGAAACAUGGUGAGCAAGGAGGGUGGCAAAUGCAUGCUCACCAACUCAGAGUCUGACUCGGAGGCAGCGUCCUUGCCCUCUACCUCGCUGGCACUGGAGGUGAAGUAUUCCCUGGAAGCCAGUCGACAGGUGAGGAAGAGAAACAAGGCCCUGCAAGUGCGUUUUAAGGAUAUCUGUGAGGCGCAGAACGAGCAAAGGGAGGCAGAGUUGCAGGCAGCGGGGAAGGGUGGCAAGCCGAUCUCAUACAAAGUGGCAUACCACAAGUACAUGACCGUUCCUGCUCGCAGAUCCAUCCCAAAUGUCACAAGGAGCACAGGCGUGCAGACGUCCCCCGACCUGAAGAAACGCUAUCAGACCUUUCCUUUUGAGCGCAAAAAAGGCCACACCUUUAAACACGUGGUGGCUGUGGAAACUUAUAAAGGUCAAAAUAACGGUUUUGUCAUGGAGGUGAAACAGUCCAAGGCUGCUGAGCAAGGUUUAGAUGAGGAGGAGGACGAGGGAGCCUGUGGAAGGAGUGGAGUUCGGAGGACCAGGGCUCUACUCCAUACUAAUGAGUGCAUUGGCACAGUGGAGCAGCACACAGCACCUGAUGGCCUGUGCUCUGACGCUCUGCUGCUCAGCUGCUCUGCAGACACAGACUGCCUUGCAGACACACCAAGAGGAAGUGGAGCCGGAGCACAGGCAGAGUACCAGCUCUGCAGUGCCCCAUCCAAAGCCAGGACAGGAUUACAACACAGGCAAGUCGAUACAGAGCGCUUGGCUAAGAGGCAGCUGCUGAGCAUGGAGGGGGGCUCAUCUCAAACCCUGCCGGACAGGGCCUCCAAGGUUACGGGCCCCAUCGCCUGGAACUCCCUUACACAAGUGGAGUGUCUGGACAGUCCCUCCGUGCGGAGCAAGCGGAAGAAAGGCCUGCAGCUCAAUGGGCUGCAGAGUGACACACUACCACGUUCUAGCGUAGGCUGUAUAACACAGGUACAGUGCCACACCGGACAAUUAUCUGCCAGGCCUCUUAGGGGCAUGGAAGAGCCUCCGUUUCCCUGCAGGGGUGGUGAGGCUGGUGGCGCACCACCUGACCAAACACAGGAGGCCUGUAAGCAAAUAGUGCCUAUCAAUCAGGAGGGGGAUGUUAAAGCACAGCUCCAGGCUAUGGAAAAUCUCAUCAGCUCCAGCCAAGAGACCAUCAAAGUGCUGCUAGGGGUUAUCCAGGAACUGGAGAAGGGGGAGGCUCACAGAGAAGGACUCUCCUAUCGAACCGGACAGGACACAGCGAACUGUGACACAUGCCGGAACAGCGCAUGCAUUAUUUACAGUGUUGAGCUGGACUUCAAGCAGCAGGAGGACAAGCUGCAGCCGCUGAUGAAGAGGCUUUGCCCCACAGAGGAUGCCCAUUUUGCCUGCCUGCCUUACCCCCAGGAGGCCUUCACGUCCACCCCAAAACGCAAGUCCAAAGCUGAAACCAAGAAGCAUGCUCGCUGGAAACUUUGGUUCCUGUGAAAACACAGGACCACCUCCUCUGCCGCUAGGAUUUACGUACCCAUCUGGUCAUCGAUAUUUUUUGGUUUAUCCAUCUUCUGUUUUAUCACCAUCUCCUUGGCUUUUUGUAAACUUGGUAGCCAGUAUUAAUGGAGAGCUCCACCACUGGAUACUAAACCUCUUAGAAAUGACAGGAUGUGUAAGGGGCCACGAGUGUGGAUUCCAUGAAGAUUUCUAAAUCUCAUGCUUACCAAAAAUGGAUUCAGAGUUAUUUUGAACUAAUUUCAUCAAACAGAGUGUGAAAUUGCACCAGGACAACAUAUCUGGAGAUCAGCAAGGUGAGAAGACUAAUUUGAUUUCCUUCUGUCAAUUUGCAUAUAUUUUUUUAAGCUGACAUCUACUGGGUCUUAUUAUAUAGUGGUUCAGCGAACAUAACAUUUCUAUUCACCUGUUGGGACUUUGUCUUCCCAGCCUCCAGGAGAGGCUGGCAAGUCAACAACAACAAUGCUCUGAGGUCUACAUCAACAGCAUAUCAUCGUACUGCAAAGCACAAUGAACACUGUUCAGGAUACAUUUUCUCCAGAAUAAAUGAAUAUUUUGAGUAUUAACUCAGUGAAGAUUACCUAGUAAUUAUGACAUUCAUAAAAGAAGAGACCUACAGGACAAAGAAGGGACAGAUGUUUAUUGGAGGUCUAUGAUCAACUUUCUAUCCAUCGCCAACAUGUCUCCUUCAAAUCGACUGACUUUGAAGUAAAGAAUGAAUAAAUAACACUUAUUUUCCUAAUAACAUCCACAAAGUUAGAACUCAAUGUACUUUUUUCUAUAUAAAAAUAUAUCUAUAUACAUUCACUUCAAGGUUUAGCGGACUAUAUUUGAGCUGCAGUGAAGGGGGCUUUGCAUAUCAAAAACUGCAGCAGACAGAAGGUAAAUAAUUUCUGAUAUUGAAUUCCAUUUCAGACAUCCAACUUAGUUUUUACUAACCUCACAAUGCAGAUGGUCACUGAAGCCCAAUAACAAAA